AAGACCGGCCAUCGCUGUUUAGCGUGCGAUUGCACCGGCUCCGUGGGCUUAUAAAGGCGCCGCUCUGCCGUCGGCCCAGACAAGGAGGUUAGACCAAACAGGAACGAAGUGCCAUGAAGACCUUCUCUUGCUUCCUGCUCGUCGCUUUCCUAGGCAUCGUCUGGGCCCAUCCCAGUCAACUCCCCAGAAGCUGCAGUUUGGACGACAACGGUGUCAAAGCUCUGGUAUCCUGUAUUAAGGAGAAAAGUGGAACUGAGAUGACGACCAAGCUAAACGCUGUCGGAAAGGUUUUGCACUGCGGCGAGGACGUGGAAUGCGGAAUCAAGAAAGUGUGCACGGAAUUCAAUGGCUCUCUGGAACAAGGAGCACAAGGAGUUCUCCUGAAAGAAGACUUGGAGAAAAUACGUCAGAUCUUCAACGUGUGCCUCGAUAAACAAUAAAACGGCCUCCGGAAACUUCUUCGACGAAAUAAAAUGUCGCAAUAAAUUUGAUCUCACCAUGUA